UAAAGUUUCACUUGUUGACUGUAAGGCUGCGCCUGCGCCUGCGCACUGCUCUCUGCGGUCACACGUGUGGUGUGGAAGAUGGCUGAGACCGCGCGGCAUGAGGUGGACAGCGAGCAGGUUAAGAAGGCAACUAAGGCCCUACUCGCUUACCAAAAAACCAAGGGGCGCUCCAAUGCUUUACUCUUAAAUGAACAUGACCGGAUAUCCGUCCUGCUUACUGUAUGGAAGAUUCCAAACCAAACAAGAGCAAUUAAAAUUCCUCUUCCUCAUGGGAUUCGACCAGAUACAUAUGACGUUUGCCUCUUCACAAAAGAUGAACCAAAUAUGUCUGUUGAACAGACGGAAAAGCUUUACAAAAAAUUGCUCAGUCAGCAUGGAAUUACACAGAUAACUGAGAUCAUCCCCCUGAAAAAAAUGAAAAAAGAAUUCAAACAAUUUGAAGCAAAGCGCCGCUUGCUGAGCAGUUAUGACCUAUUUCUUGCUGAUGCCAGGAUCCGCCGACUCCUUCCAUCCCAUAUCGGAAAACACUUCUACAAAGAGAAGAGAGAGCCGCUGUCUGUCAACCUAAAGAGCAAGAAUCUCUCCAGGGAAUUGAGACGCCUUAUCCAAGGAACACAGCUUCACGUUACCAACAGAGGAUGCUGCUAUGCAAUACGUGUGGGUCACACGGGUAUGAAGGUGGAAGACAUCGUUGAAAACGUACUUGCAGUUGCAAAAGUCCUAGCUGAGAAGUUGCCAAUGAAAUGGAAGAAUGUCAAAGUUCUUCACCUGAAAACCCAGUCAUCCGUGGCUCUGCCAAUCUACAACUCUUCCUUUGACAGUCUAAAAGAUUUAAGUUUGGUGAAGGUUAAACAAGUUAAAACGAAGAAGAGGAGCAUAAAGUCUGCCAGAGAGCACGAACCAGUAACCCCAAUCUCUAAGAAAACUGGGGAUGUGAUAGCAGAUGGGAAGAACGAUGCAGCCACUCCUCACAAAGAGCCGAAUGAAGCAGAUGAUGCGGAGGAAGAAAUACCUCAACUGGUUCCUAUUCAGAAGCCCAGCAGUGCAACAAAGAGCAAGAUAAAGAAAACGGAUUCUCUAGAAGAAUCCAAAGUGGAAGAAAAAAGCAAAGCGUCUGAGGAGAAUGUGCAAGCGUCAUCUACUAAAAGCUCUACACUUAAGAAGCGCAAGAUAAAUGGAAGUGAAGACUUUAAGACCCCAAGCAAGCACAAAAAAGAAAUGCCAUCUGAAGAAAAGAAAGAGAAUCCUGAAGAGCAGGAAACGCCAGCAAAUCGCAGCAUUCUUAAAAGGACCCCACGUACACAGAAAAAAGGGCUGUCAUCUGAUGAAAAGAGCAAGGAACCUGAAGAGCAGGAGACUCUAGCCAAGGGCAGGGUUCUUAGAAAGACCCCAAGAAAACGCAACGAAGUGCUGCCAUCUCAGGAAAAGAGCAGGGAACCUGAAGAGCAGGACACUCCAAAGCGCAGUGUUCUUAAAAAGACCCCAAGCAAACACAAAAAAGAGCUGCCGUCCGAGGAAGAGAGUAAGGAGCCUGGAGAGCAGAAGACUCCAGCAAAGCCCAGUGUUGUUAAAAAGACCCCAAGCAAACGCAAAAAGAUGCUGGUGUCCGAGGAAGCGAGCAAGGAGCCUGAAGAGCAGGAGACUCUAGCCAAGGGCAGGGUUCUUAGAAAGACCCCAAGCAAACGCAACGAAGUGCUGCCAUCUGAGGAAAAGAGCAGGGAACCUGAAGAGCAGCACGUUCCAAAGCGCAGUGUUGUUAAAAAGACCCCAAGCAAACACAAAAAGGAGCUGCUGUCCGAGGAAGAGAGCAAGGAGCCUGAAGAGCAGGAGACUCCACCCAAGCGCAGCAUUAUUACAAAGACUCCUAAAAAAACACCCAGAAAAGCUGCAGUGAAACUCACAAAAUCUGCCAGAAAAGCCCCUCAGACCCCAAAACUGAAGCAGAAAAAGAAAAUGAAGACCCCAGAGUCUGUAUGAUGCUAGAGAUAUGUAAUGGUCAGGUUUAUCCUAAUUAAAUAUUUCCAUAUCUUUCUUAAUAAGCAUUCCUUUUACAAGUUUUAUAGAUUUUGUCUAUACUGUUUUAUCCCAAAAAAUGAAUUAUAAGAUGAGAAUUAGCUAACCCUUCUGUCUGUACCAUUAUCGGAGCCUUCUCUUUACUGCCUGACAUCCUUUUUGCAUUGGUUCUUCACAAUCUGGGCCAACUAGUUCUGCAUGAAUGGGCAUUUCCAAUGCUUAAAGGGGUAUUCUCAUCUGAGACAAUGGGACAUACCACUAGGAUAUACCCCCAUUGUCUGAUAGGUGCAGGUUCCACUGCCGGGAUCCGCACAGAUAUCCAGAACUGAGCUGACAAAGUGGUGGAGGACCCCAGAGAAUUCCCCAUUCAUUGCUCCAGUUGUUCUGCUGGAUUUAUUUCAAGAUAGUGCAUGCCUUCUAAGUGGCUUUCUCAGGGUGGUGUCCUUUCUGCGGCAGCUGGUGGCAGUUGAAGGAUGGAACUGAGCAUGUGCUUCCAUGUCUGUGAGCAGGACAGAAAAAUUAAGAAAAAAGAACAAACAGCAGGUGUCACUAUACUACAUUUUUAAUUACACGCAAUUACAAAAAUUAUUCAGAUCCAGGUGCUGGUUUGAAAAAUAUAGAAUAUUUGUUUUUGGGAUACCCUUUACAUUGAAGAAUCGGGCAUUUGAAAUGUUUUGGGAAAGUACAUUACACCUUGGCUGAUUAGUGCUAUUUAUAACAAAAAUAAAAACAAAUGCCAUAUUCUGAUUAAGGAAAGAGGUGAUAUCCCCUGUUUUAUAUAGAAAUAA